AUGGCGUCCCUGAUACACACCGAUACCUUCUUCCUUGACACAUUUGCGCUGCGGCAAUGGGACGACCCGGAGUUUGCGGGCGCGCGGCUGUCGUGCGACAAGCAGCAGUUUGUGCAAAAGGUGCAGGCGGCGUAUGCAGGCGGGCAGCCGCUGGUCGCGGGCUAUGCGCCCUUUUGCAAGCACAUCUUCAUUAGGAAUUACACAGGCGCCACCGUGGGCGCCUUGCCCAUCACGGAUGACAACCGCCACCUGCUGCAGUCAGCCUACACGCGGCGGCGGCCCGACGAGCUGGCCGUGCUGGUGCGCUGGCUGCCGGCAGCGGCGGUCCGGGCCACCGAGGCUGCCUGGCUGGACGUCAUCCUGUACAGCCGGGAGCAGCUGGCAAAGGAGUACGAGGCCAUGCCCACCAAGCAGGGCGCGGGCCAGGAGCUGCCGGAUGCUCCCUGGGGGAUCAUCAGCAUCAAGGCUCAGGAUGAGGAUUAUGAGACACCCAUGCAGCCCAUCACGAUGAUGAGGAACGCGCUAGGCAAGGAGGAGGGGGGCAGCGGGGUGCCGCUGGACCGCGAGAAGUAUGAGCAGGCCACCGCCUACUGGCAGGCCCACGCCCAGAUCCAGUGA